UUUAAAAUAAAGGAAAAAGAAAAAUAGAAAAAUAGAAACGACAUAAACCCUACCCGCUCUCCUCUUUCGCCCAGUGCUGUCAAUCUUCGACCUUCAAUCUUCAGUUUCAGAGCAAUGGGAAAGAAAUCAAAGGGAUCUAGGAAGGGGAAGAAGGCCUGGAGAGCCAAUAUAAGCUCUGCGGACAUUGAGGAUUUCUUCGAGAAGUCUACAAAGGACGCUCUCUCCGGCGGUUCUCUUUCCGCCGUUCCCAAUGAUUCUCUUUUCGUCGUCGAUAAGUCUCGAGAUCUAUCUGUGAAGCGGAAAAUUGAAAAGAAACGAGAAAAGGUACUUUACUGUGACAGCAUAUUAACAAAGAAUCCUUUUGUCCAAGCUGUGCCUUCUUCAAUUAAUAAGAAAACCAAGAAAAAAUUGGAAGAGGGUUCUAAAGCUAAAGAAACCUCUGAAGAUGGUGCUAAGGUUGGCAUGUUUGACAUAUGGAGUGAUAAAGGUGAAAAUAAAAGCAAAAAAAGUAAGAAAUCAUCGAAGCCAUCCAUUAUUCCAGCAGUAGAAGUUGAGCCCUCAGGAUGUUCGUUCAAUCCUCCACAUGAGAGUCAUCAGGAUGUACUUGCCCGUGCUGUUGCAGAAGAAAUGCAGAAAGUAUACCGAAAUGAGCUGGGGCCUGAGCCAGUUCCCUUAACAGUCACAGGAGAAGCUAUUAGUGAAGAAGAUAUGUUAUUUUUGGAUGCUGAUAAUGAUACUGAUGACGAAACCAAUUUGGACGAAAUGGAUGAGGAUGAUAUUGAAAAAAGGCCUUUGAGGACAAAAAGGGUGACUCGAGUUGAGUUGAAUAAGAGAGCUAGAAACAAAGAACAGCGCAGAAAGGAAGCCGAAUCGAAGAAGUUGAAAGGAAUUUCCAAAGAGAUUGACAGCUUGCCGGAUAUCCUUCAAGAAAUAGCUAAAGAGGACGAGGAGAGACAAAACAGACUUAUCCGACGAACAAUAGCCAAACAGGAGAGAUUAAAGUCAUGCCCACCUCGAUUGGGGAGGCACAAGUUCGAGCCUCCUCCAGUUCAAGUUCUCCUAUCCGAGGAAAUAACUGGAUCACUCCGUAAGCUGAAGGGAUGUUGCACCCUUGUGAAGGACAGGUUCAAAAGCUUAGAGAAAAGAGGAAUAAUUGCCCCUACUGCCAAGAAGAGCAGAAGGAAAUAGAAAAGUAGAUUUGUUCAUUUAUUGAACUCGAGAACUCGAGAGACAUCUACGGUAGUAGAUUUGUUCUUUUGUUGAAUUCGAGAGACAUCUCUGGCUAAUUCGACAGGGUAAUGGUGAUAGGUAUAGUUUAAAGCAGCGAGGUUGAACAACAUAAAUACGUAUCGACGUGACGGGCCUUUGAGAUGUAGGUUUUUGUUUUUAUUUCGUUUUAUAUAUAGUUUCUAUUGUUGAACUCGAGAACUCUACAGACAUCUAUGGCGAAUUCAACAGGGAAAUGGUGAUAGAUAUAGUUAAAAGCAACAAGGUUGAACAACAUAAAUAUGUAUAUCGCCAUGAAGAGCCUUUAAAUAUAUGUUUCCUCCUAUACUGAAUUGUUUUUGACUUUUCAA